GAAGCAGUAGUGGUGAUAGUGAUGAGAACUAGGUCUGUGUUCCGCAAUCGUGGCUCUGUGACAGGCAUUUGGCGUCAAGAGCCCCUUGCAUGAAUUUUAUCGCCAGGCACUCUCCAGAAAGGUUUUGUGCUUUCGCAUGCCCAUGUCUUGGGAGUGACCGUUGCGCUUGGUGGUGAGACAUGAGCAUGAAUCCAGCAUGAAUCUAGCUGCGAGCAUUGCCACUCCACUAAUUGCACGACCGAAUUUGACACGACCGUCCUGGAAACCGUCCUGGAACGCCAAAGUCUCUGAACUGCUCAGGACCCGCAAACAGCGAUUUCUGAGAUUUGCGGGAGCUAUCUACGGAAUCUACGGCGCCCGAUCGAAAGCCACACGAGGAUGGAAAAUAUGGAAAGGAUCCAAAGGAUCCAAAGGAUCCAAAGGAUCCACAGAAACAAUUGGAAAUUCAAAACGGCAAAACAACGAAGAAAUUCAACGUUUGCUGACACCAAUGAUACGAUCGUCCCGCCUGGAGCGUGCAAAGGAAGUCCUAUCUCAGCGAAACCAAGGGACACGACUUGUUUUUUGUUCUUUGUAUGAAGCCGACGUCAUUGCUUGCCUUCGCACCAUGGAUUUGUUUGGAAUACAGUUUGGUGAAAUCAUUGGAGAAUGGACAGAGACUGGUGAUACCUCCGGUGGUGCGAAGUCCUAUGUCACUCUUCGCCAUUGGCCGGAUCUGCGAAGCUGCGUUGGCUGGCUGACAGAGGCUGGCUACAAGUGCAUCCUUCUAGACAACGAUGCCAGCAUGGAAGUAAAGGCUGGAUUGAAGAAUAUCAUUGGAGGGCAGUGCCGACUCGCCGUAUUUCUAGCUGAUCAAAGGCAACCCAUGCAGGAGCUGCGCAGCCUGUGCGAGUUGAGGGUCCAUCUGCCACACCGUGGCUUCAGCAAAUCUCUGUCCUUCAGUGUGUCAGUGGCAGCGCUUCUAUCCUACCUGAGGUCAACCGGCUUCCUCUCUGGAGAUCCACUGGAUGAAGGCCAGAAGCAUCUGCUUUGGACACAUUGGCUCUUGGAGCUUCGAGGUCAAAGAAUGAGCCGAAAGCUGCUGAAAGAAAAAGGUCUUUCAUGGCCUGAAGCGUUGAAGUGACGAGCCAGCGAGAAACAA